AUGACUAUCAUCAUUGAAGACUACCAGUUAUCCGACGAAACCCACAACCUCUACGAUGUCAACUUCUGCAACGAUAGGAUCCACACACUGGUCACACACACUCCCUCCUACGUCGACAUUUGGAUUUCCGAAACUGAAUCGAUCCACCACCGUCGUCUCCACCGUCUCAUUGUCGGCCUCGACGUCGAGUGGCGUCCCAACUUCAAUCGCUACGUCGAAAACCCAGUCGCCACUCUCCAACUCUGCGUGGGUCGUCGCUGUCUCAUCUUUCAACUGAUCCAUUGCUCUGAAAUUCCUCAGUCUCUUGUGGAUUUUCUUGGAAAUUCCAACUAUACUUUUGUGGGUGUUGGGAUUGAGAGCGAUGUUGAGAAGUUGAUGGGGGAUUAUGGUUUGGGGGUGCUCUUUACUGUUGAUGUGCGUGGCUUGGCGGCCAAUGAUUAUGAUAUGAUAGAGCUUCGCAAUGCUGGGUUGAAAGAUUUGGCGAGACAGGUGCUUGGCAAGGAGAUUGAGAAGCCGAGAAGGGUGACUAUGAGUAGGUGGGAUAAUCAGUGGCUCACCUCUGAACAGGUAGGGUAUGCUUGUGUUGAUGCUUUUGUUUCUUUUGAGAUUGGGAGGGUUUUGAAUGCUGCAGGGGGUCAUUCUUGCAGGAAGAUUCUGAUGAAGUUUUGGGGUUAUCUUGGUUUAUUGGGCAUUGAUAAAAAUGGAUGUGGAGGAACUGAAGGCGAUGGUACUAUAGCAUCAGUGAUUCAGGGUCGAAGAAUUGGGUUCAGGGUAUUAGGGGUUAUUGGGUUGUUGUUAGUGGAAGAAUGUGAUGAUGGUGAUGGUGGUAAAUGGUACCGUAGCAUCAGUGGUUCAGGGUCGAAGAAUUGGGGAAGGGUCGCAUGGGGUGAUAUUGGCAGUGGUGAUGGUUUAGUUGCAGGAUUGUUAUGGCAAGGGCGACAAUGGUUCAAUGGCACCGACAGUCUUGCUGUUGGCCACAAUGGUUCAAGGGCCCUGGCAUUGGUGUUGGGAUAG